GAGGUGAGGCGAGGCGAGGCGAGGCCAAUGUGUCGCACCGAGAUGUCUUCCGCCACAGACCCCGCCCUCGGCCCCUCGGCCGCCGCACCUUCCGAGCCGGAGGCCCUGGUUAGACCAAAGCCACUCCUUUCGAAGUUAUUAAAACUUGCUGGUGCACAGAAAGACACUUUUACAAUGAAGGAGGUUAUAUUUUAUCUUGGGCAAUAUAUAAUGGCAAAACAAUUAUAUGAUGAAAAGCAGCAACACAUUGUCCAUUGCUCAAAUGAUCUUCUUGGAGAUCUGUUUGGAGUACCAAGCUUCUCUGUGAAGGAACACAGGAGAUUAUAUGCAAUGGUUUCCAGAAACUUGAUAGCUGUCAGCCGUCAAGAACCUAUAGGGGCAGAGACAAGUAACAGCGAGACCAGGUGUCAACUGGAAACUGGGAAUCCUCCAAAGGAGACAGUGCAAGAGUUGCCAGAAGAGAAACCUGCAUCACCAAAUUUAACUUCUAGACCAACUACCUCAUCUAGGAGGAGGACUCAUAGUGAAACAGACGAGAACCUAGAUGAAUUACCCAGCGAAAGACAAAGAAAACGACACAAAUCGGAUAGCAUUUCGCUCACCUUCGAUGAAAGCCUUGCGCUUUGUGUGAUAAGUGAGCUGUGCUGUGACCGGAGCAACAGUAGUGACUCAAAUGACAUUCCCUCCAAUCCAGAUCUCGAUGCUCCGUCUUCGAGUGAAAAUUCUGAUGAUUGGUGUGAUCGAGAGUCCAUUUCAGACCAAUUUAGUGUUGAGUUUGAAGUUGAAUCUAUUGACUCUGAAGAUUAUAGCCACAAUGAAGAAGGGCAGGAACUCACAGAUGAAGAUGAUGAGGUAUACCAGGUAACUUUGUAUCAAACAGAAGAAAGUGAUGCAGACUCAUUUGAUGAAGAUCCUGAAAUAUCCUUGGCAGAUUAUUGGAAGUGCUCUUCUUGUGAUGAAAUGAAUCCCCCGCUCCCAUCCCACUGCCACAGAUGUUGGUCUCUCCGGGAGAACUGGCUUCCCGACGAGAAGGCCGAGUCGCUUGAGAAAGGCGACUUAGAAAGCUCGCCCCAAGAAGAAGCGGGCUUCGAUGUUCCUGACUGUAAAAAGAUUAAAGCGACGGAAGGUAAAGAAUCGCCCGUUGAAGGAAGCGAUGACCCAGGCAAAACCCUGGAUUCCCAGGAGAGCGAGGAAUACUCUCAACCGUCCACUUCUAACAGCAUCAUCUAUAGCAGCCAAGAGGAUGCCAAGGAGUCGGGGCGAGAAGAAUCCCGAGACAGAGAGGAAAACGAGGACUCCAAGCUUCCCCUUAGCACCAUAGAACCCUGCGUCAUUUGUCAGAGCAGACCGAAAAAUGGCUGCAUCCUCCAUGGCAGGACAGGACACCUCAUGGCUUGUUUCACAUGCGCCAAGAAGCUGAAAAAACGAAACAAGCCCUGUCCGGUGUGUAGGCAGCCGAUUCAGAUGAUCGUGCUGACUUAUUUCAGCUAGGUAUGAUGGACCCUAAAUGGAGCAGUAAGUCUAGGAACUUGAAACUUGCACAGACAGCCUCUUCAAAAGAUAUUAAAAUUUAUUUAAAAUUUUAUUUUUAUAUAGUUCUCAAGUUGCUGUUUCAGAGCUCGCAAUCAUUAAUUUGGGGAGAUGUGUUUCUUUUGGGCUCUAAAGAAGUACAACAGGGUGCCUCCCCAUUGUUUCUGGGUGGGGGCAGGUUUGAGGUCCCCAGUAACGAAAGCAUCUUGCAGAAGCAUUUUUCCUCGCCACUUACCUCCUCAUUGCCGAUUCCUUUUCCGAAUUUGAAGGGGUGUCAGGGCCUCGAGCAGGCCAGAGGCCAGCGGAUCGUCGUUAACCUUGCAUCUGUCCCGCCCAGUUCGGAUUCUGGUACCGAGGCGCCCCAGCGGUGGUCAGGAAGGGGCCUGGAUCUUGCUGAGGGGUAGGGAAGACCAGGGGGCUUUUCUGAUAACCCGAGAUCUCUCCGUGGUCGAGGGGGCGAUGCAACUCUUAGGUUUUGGCUCAUAGGUUGUAAGGAAAAAAAAUCCCUUAAAGAAAAAUCGAGUUGGAUGCACCUAGACAGUCUCUGUAGACAAACUGCGAGUGGGUCAACUCUGUUACCAGAGUACAGGGAAGGCAGCCAUCCUCUCUCACUGGUAACUAGGUCAAUAAUGUCCCACCUUCUGUGAACAGCUGUUCUGCAUCUAAUUUUUUAGUUCUACCUCAGAUAUUUAGUAUGAGGACACGAGUUUUUUUGUUGUUUUCACUUCCUCUUCCUCAAGUGCAAAUCAGGCGUGAGGAAAGAUGACUGGGGUGUUUAGCUGAAACAUCUUGGCUGUUGGCUCCUGUUUAGCGGGAACCCAGCGCCUCUUCCUGGAUCGGCAUCUCGGCCGCUUGCCUUUCCCUCCCAACUUCCUUGGAGGCUGGUCAGCUCCUCCUGACUCUCACCAGCUAAGACCAAUCCAUCUGUUUUUCCGUUGCCUUAAUAAACUGUUCACUCGCUUUCCAGCUCAGAGGAUCCGGGGGGAAAUCCAAGUUGCAACUGCCCCAUUGCCAUCUGACCCAGCUUUCUAGCCUUUCCUGAGGUUGAUGGCCGGUACUUCAGUCCCUUCCUCCUUGAGUUUGGCCCCAGAACGAAAGAGAGGAAAAUGGCUUUUUAGCUGGUUCCACUGGCAACUCGUGAUUGAUUGCAUUAAGAAGAGACAAGCUAUUUAACUGAGCUAAGAAAGUAAAGGGCUUAUAUUUGGUGAGGUCCUCUACACAGUGAGAAGUCAAAUAGAAAUUGCCAUAACCGUAUUCUGUUCUAAUUAUCUUGUUGUCUGGUUCUUGCCAACUGUGGGCCAUUUGACAAGCAGCCCCCAUUCCCAACUUUGGCAAAUGUUGUGUAUUGUGCUGCCACAGCCUCAGAGGGGGAAAGAAACAAUAUUUAUUGAACUCUUUACCAAUUCAGUUGGACACAGGACUCCACAGCAAACCAGAAGCCAAGUUAGAACGGCAGCCACUAAGCUGAAGACCACUAUUCAAUAGCAAGGAAGCCCAGGGCAUUCCACCAUGGCCUGCUAGCCAAACCUUGGUCAGGCUUCUAGAUUUUUCUCUGCCCACAGCUCAUUAUCGUAGAAGCCAAUGAAAUCAAAAUCUAACCAGACCCGAGGCCCCACUAGGGUUUUUUGCUGUCAUGGUCUUAAGGAGUGAGAAAUAGACCUCAGAACCUCUUGACCCACUGAGUAACCAAAGCAUCAGAUCAGAGCACUUAUAUAGGUGAUCAAAACAACUGUGAAAACUCAGUAACAAUCCAUGGUUCCUGGGCUCUGCUGCCUUGUUCAUUUAAGAGGGUCUGCCAGUUUGCAAACUCCAGGCCAAAAUUAUCCCAUCUCCAUCGGUGGCAUCGAUAAUACUCUGCUCCGAGGAAAGAUAUGCACUAUAUUCAAGGAGACUUUGGGGCAGUUUGGGGUGGAGAGGGCGAGACAGAAGAUACUACAUCUUGCCUUAUUUAGAGUCAGCCAGGUUUUGCUACAAUCGUUGACGGGUGUUGCAAUCUUAGCUCCGUGAAGUGGUGUUUAUAGCAAAGAAUAUUAGUUUUAACAUAUUGUAUUGUUUUUAGAAAAACAAAUCCUAUAUAUUAACUGUUUAAUCCAAUUGUUCUUUUAUAAGAAAACCCAAUUAAAAAAAGUGAAUUUAAGUCCUAAACUUUGAGAGAUUUCUCUGUUGAAAAGUUUCAGGAUUGUAUUGUGAGGGCUCAAAUGAACACAUGGACACUCAGAAUUAGUUAAGCAUGAAAUUCCUUGGCAUUAAAAUUAAUAAAACUGAUGUGGAAAAUGUAGAAAA